AUGUCAUCUUUCUGGAAUAACAUCGUUCGUAUUCUCAAGCUGACGGCUCCUCUUGUUGGUAUUCUGAAACUUGUUGAUGGUGAUAAAAAGCCUGCUAUGGGAUACAUUUAUGAGGCAAUGGAUAGAGGUAAGGAGGCUAUUGCUAAAGCCUUUGGUGAUGAUUCAACAAAAUAUUCUGAAGUAUUUGAUAUCAUUGAUAAGAGGUGGCAGGAUCAGCUUUAUCGGCCUUUGUAUGUUGCAGGAUAUUACCUUAAUCCUGCAUUUUUCUAUGACCAUCCAAACAUCCAAGGGGAUGACAAAGUUAUGAGAGGUCUUUAUCAAGUCACUGAGAAGAUGGUGCCCACACAAGACCAAGACAAGGUUGAUAGGCAGUUGGAUAUAUACAGGCAUGCUGGGGGUAUUUUUGGUAUGGAGAUAGCUAAGAGAAACAGAAAGAAGAAGUCUCCAGCUGAUUGGUGGGAGUCUUAUGGUGUAUCAGCACCAGAGUUGCAGAAGCUUGCUGUUAGAAUCAUCAGCCUUACUUGUAGCUCCUCUGUCUGUGAAAGAAAUUGGAGUACUUUUGAGCAAAUACACACCAAGAAGAGGAUUAAGUUGGAUCAUAAGAGGAUGCAAGAUCUAGUUUACUGCAAGUACAACCAAGCUUUGAAGGAGAGAUAUGACUGCAGAGAUUCUAUUGAUCCGAUUAAGUUGGCUGAUAUAGAUGAAAGCAAUGAAUGA